GACAUGACUUCGAAGAGUGGUGUUGGUGUGACAGUGAUUGGACAUGACAGUGAAUCAAGAACAAUUGUAAACGGAUAUGAUCCUCCAGGUUCUUACAAGAGAAAUAUUGAAUAUGACAUUUCCAUGGAGCAGAUUGUUGCUAUUAUCAACCAGUCCAAGAAUUGUGAGCAGUUUAUUAAAUAUGAAUGUUAUGGUAGCACCAUUCUACGGUUCAACAAAGCAGGCGAACAUUAUAGUUGGUGGGUGUCACGUCAAGGUUCAAAGAUGAAUUACUGGGGUGGAGCGGCAGUCGACAGUGGAAACUGUUCAUGUGGAAUGACCAAUAGCUGUGCAGGUGCAGGAAAGUGCAAUUGUGGCAAAAAUGAUCUGGUAUGGCGUGAAGACAGUGGAUACCUGACAGACAAGAACACGCUUCCUGUUACUGAGUUGAGAUUCGGAGAUACUGGCAAAUAUGGCGAUAAUGACGAGAGUGGUUAUCAUACAUUAGGAAAAUUACGUUGCUGGGGAUAG